CUUCUUGCCCUUUCAACAGGUGAAAACUGUGGAAGACUGUCGGUUGUAAUGAAUCAGUCAUGAGUUACGUCCCUUGUCGAAAAAGCACUUGACCUCAAGUCCAGUGACAGAUUCUAGCACCAGACUUGACACAGUGUACCUGGAAGUGGAGAUUCACGUGAUAUGUGUCCCACCUUGCUGUCAUGGAGAGUCUGGCUGAGGAGAUAUGGCUGAAGGUUACUGUUGUCCGCAAAGUAGCAUCGUCGCAGAUUGUCCGAGCUGAUGGAGAAUCAUUUUGUAGUCCAGAUACAGAAACUGAGGACAAACCAGUGUUAAUGAAAGUUGGAGAGAAGAAAAAUGUGUAUGGUUCAAGGCCACAAGGGGGAGAUAAUUCACACUCAUCUCAUCAGUGUUCAAAAUUCGUUCCAAAUGAAUCAUUGUCCACGGUGCUGAUUCUUUCUAAUGAUGUGGAGAUCCACUUUUCAAAGUCAGUGGUUAAUUGGAGUGAUGCUUUUAUUUCACCAGAAAAGAUAUGUGUUGCAGCUAAUGUUGUUUCUAUGAGGAAUAAACUCACAGCAAGAAGGAACACCUCUGACUUAUAUACUAACAUCACUCCCAAACUAGAAAGUCAUCACCCUGAAGCCAUGCCCCAGAAUGUGAGUUCAUCAUGCGCUGGCCCCAGUGGUCAGGUUCCACAGGUUGGGUCCUCAGUUAAGCAGGAUGAAGUGAACAAAAUAGCUGAUGCCUCGAGGAUGGCUGGUAUUGAAUUUUGUGAAUCAGUUUCAUCAGCAUUUUCCAAUACUGCGGCUUAUUUGUCAACACCUUCCAAUACAAGUGUGGUGAAGCCAGCUGAGGUAGAACGUAGUUGUCAACUAUAUGUUGGUGAAAACACCUUGAUGUCAGCACCCUGGGAAUACACACCAUGGCCAAGUGGGGAUGCAGAACGUCAAGACCACUCUGAAACUGAUGACUGUGAAGAUUUUAAAGAUACCAGCUUGAAACCUGUAAGAAUUAAUGGGGUAUCUCAAGCACACAAAUGGUUUAAGAGAAUUAAGAGAAGUAUCAUCUUAAAAAAGAAAGGGUUACACAGAAGACACAGUUGUUCAGACUGCAAAAUUGUCUUCCCUUUGCAGAGACUGUAUUUGAGGCACAAAGAGGAAAACAUGAUGAAGAAGCUUGAAUGUGACCUGUGUGAGAAGAUGUUUGUGUCUCCGUGUCGGCUGAAACAACAUUAUCAUGGACAUUAUAAGGAACAGGGCAACAAUGUGAUGUGUCUUCUUUGUAAAAAAUGUUUUUCUUCCAGGAUGACAUUCCUGAAACACAGAUGUCAAAGAAGACAUAUAUGUAGAAUCUGUCAUGAAAGUUUUGCCAAUCAAACCCUUAUGAACGGACACAUAGAAGUAUCUCAUGAUGGAGGGUACAGAUGUUAUACAUGUGCCAAGAUAUUUUCUUGUGAGGUGAAUCUACACAGACAUCAAAAGAGUUGUGCAAGGUCGGUACAGGCUCAGAAGCUAGCAGAUGGUGUUUACCAGUGUCUUAUUUGUGGAAUGACAUAUCAGAGCAUAUCAUUGUUUGUGAAACACAGAAAAAACAUCACUACAGACAACUUAGUCAAGUGUAGCAUAUGUGCACAGACAUUCACUAGUGAUUGUCAGCUAUCGCAGCAUACCGGUGAACAUGGGGUAAACAUCAGGGCCAAGACUUGCCGAGACCAGACACAGCUACUGAGACUCCAGCAUGAGAUCAGUAAGGGUGGGUUACCUGACACAGCAUUCAAAUGUGAGUCAUGCCAUCUGCAGUUUCACAGCAAAUGUGGCCUGAGAAGACACACCACACUGAGAAAUUGUCCCAAAGAGGGUGGGAAGGAUAUAGGGAAUAAAAUAGAACCUUAUUUUUGUGAAAAUUGUAACAAAGUAUAUUCAACAAAAACAAGCAUAUUCCGUCAUAAAGUUUCCAAGAAGUGGUGUAGAUAUUAUUGCUGCAACACUUGUUCCAAACAUUUUUCAAGCCAAAAGCUGCUUGAGAGUCACACCAUGACCCACUUGGAACAGACCGAGGAUGGAGGGUACCACUGCUCGGUCUGUGACAAGACCUACAGCAGGAGAACCAGCUACCUGAAGCAUAAGAGACGUGCCCAGUGUGAUCUGACACAUUUCCUCAAGUGCAAGCUUUGUUUCAAAGUGUAUGCUAGUGGUAAGGCACUUAAUACACAUCACAAAGUAUCUCACCCUAAUGGAGCAAUUUUCUGUUGUAACAUUUGUGAUAGGUAUUUUUCUUCUUCAAAAGCUCUUGUCAAACAUGAAGCAUUGAGGAGAUGUACGAAGCCGAGAGUUUCGGGGGCAAGUGGUGAGGGGACCCAGUCCAUGCAGUGUGAGACUUGCGGGAAGAUCUACUCCAACCAGUCCAACCUCAACCGACACAGGUUGAAACACUCUGGAGAACGGCCAUAUUCCUGCUUGGAGUGUGGACUGAAGUUUGCUGAUAAGUUUAUUCUGAAGAAUCAUGUGCAUAACAUUCAUGUAGGCACUCGACCAUUCUUGUGCCAAGUGUGUGGGAAGAGGUUCAAGACUCGUACCCACGUGGAGCGUCACUCCCGGGGGCACACUGACUUCAGACUGCCCUGCACGAUGUGUAACAAACGGUACAAACAUGCUCAGGACUUGAACAAACAUCAGAAGAAGGCACAUGAUUCUUCCUUGCAAAGUCUUGCAUGAUGUGGAUGCUGAAGUAUUUUAUGCAUCAGCUAAAAACUGAUGGACAUUUUAUUUUACUUUAUACUUCAUGCAAUUCAGUUUGCAGUGUAAUAAACCUUGGAAGAUCUGCUUACUACAUCUAUUUCACUCAUUCAGAUGCUAUUGCACAUAAGAAAUUAUGAUUAUGUAAAAAAAAAACCAACAUAUUUUGUCACACACUGCCAGUAUUAAUUAAUAGCACUCCAAAGUAUGACCUCAUCAUAUUUUCAGUCUAUUCAUAUUAUGCCAUAGUGGUCAAAGCGGUAGUGAGCUGAGAAUCAUUAUCAAAGUGUCACGCGUUGUGUAAGGGUAAGAAUCCUAGAACUGUAAAACAAAGUGCCUGGGACUUUACAGAUAUAAUCCGUGAAUAUUGUAAUGACUGCCUCCGUGGUCUCGUGGUAGAGUGUCCACCCUGAGAGCGGAAGUUCUGGGGUUCGACCCACGGCCGCAUCAUACCAAAAGGUGUUAAAAGAUGGUACUUGUUGGUACCCUG